AGAUCAUUUGCUUUCUGUCCAUCCAUAGUAAUGUUAGGCAUAUACUUUGAGCAAAAACUAGGUAUGGUGACUGGACUAUCAGGCACUGGUUGUGAUGUAGGACGGUUUGCAAUGUCCCUUUUGGUACCUCUAUUGUUUAGAUUCUUUGAUUUCCAAGGAGCCUUUAUUGUAAUGGGAGGGAUCGCUCUACAAAUUGUUGUGAUGGGAGCGCUGAUGAGACCACUAUUUGCUGACCAAAAGAUCAGUGAAUCCAAUAAAGGAUCGCGUAUCCGACCAGAAUUAAAUAAUAAAUGUUGUAAUAAGUCUUCUGUUGCUGUAACAAUUCCUGAGAACAGUGUAACAAACGAUGACAUUAAAGACGAAAUUGACACAUGUGAUGGGGAUAAAACUCCACUAUUCAACUUUUCCUUACUGAAAGAAAUUAGAUUUGUAGGAUUUUGUAUAACAAUGCUUCUCACUACAUUGGCAGAGCAAUCUGCUUUUGUCUUUCUACCAGCAUUUUCUGAGGAGAUUGGUGUCCUUGGGAAAAUUGGAUCGGAAUAUACCUUAGCCAUUACGUCCGUUUUUAUAACUUUAGCUAAGAUCAUAGCUGGUUUCAUAUAUGAUUGUCGACUAGUUAGACCAUACCGUGUAUAUUUUUUUAAUGCUCUUAUGUUUGGUCAGGUAACAGUUUCCUUUGUGAUACCGUCAGUCAAAACAUUUACACAACUAUCUAUUGCGUGCGCAUUAUAUGGAAUGUUUUCUGGGUUGUAUACGGCACAAAAAUCAGUGGUUAUUGUGGAUAUUCUAGGCAGGGACAAGCUUAAAUAUUCUUAUGGGAUUCUAAUGAUGUUUCAAGGGAUAGGUGUUCUCUUAGGACCCCCUCUUUCUGGUCUGGUGAAGGAUAUAAAUGGGCGGUAUGACGUUGCAUUUUACAUUGGUGGUAUUUGUAUGUUGGUUGGAUCUAUGAUUAUGUUAAUAAACAACGUUGUUUAUUACGUUAGGUCAAAGAACAAUAAUAUACAUGUAGAUAAACCUGGAAAUCUUCCAAAGACAAUUCAAAUAUCUAUUUUACCAACUGACAACCUAAAAUCAUAAAAAAACAGAAGAUGAGUUUUGAUGAAAUUACUGAAGGUCACUAGCCACAGCCUUAAGGUCAUAUAAGAGUUUGAAAGUAGUUGCUAUUACAACAAUUAUCAUGCAGUUAGAAGGUUGAUUAAAACGUUUGAUUAAAGAUGUAUGCAUGAAGCUUGCAAUGGGCAGCGUCGCUAAUAUGAAUAAGAGGCUACAAUUUGAAGUUAAAAGGUAACAACAUGGAGCCAACAAUGCGAAGAGUGGUUAACUUGAG